GAAAAACUGGAGCAGGGACCCCGGCGGCAGGUUGUUAUUUUCGGGGGCUCGGCGCUGCGCGUCCUGCUUUCCUGUCAUCGCAAGGCAAGGCGCCCGCUGCUUCCCGCCGCUGCAGCCUGCGUUGGGGAGCACAAAGAGUGGAGGGCGGGCUUGACCCAGGGUUGGGGUCCGGCCCUGGCAGCCUGGUGCAGGCCGAGCGGCUCUGCUCCUUCGCUGGCCGCCGCGCAGGAGGGUUCCAGGAAACGUCCGCCUGCCAUGAGCCAGCGGGACUGAGAGCCGGCGACUCGGAGCAGCGCGGGCGAGCGGAGCAAAGGGCCAGACCCGGGCUCAGGGAGUGCGGCCCACGGCCGCCGGAGCUGCGGAUCGGGGCCGGGCAAUGAUCCGGGGUGUGGAGGCGCCGAUGGCUGACAACCCGCCGCAGCCGCCGCCCGUCAUCUUCUGCCAGGACUCCCCGAAGCGGGUGCUGGUGUCGGUCAUCAGGACGACCCCGAUCAAGCCCACAUGCAGCGGCGGAGGGGAGCCGGAGCCGCCGCCACCGCUUAUUCCCACCAGCCCCGGCUUCAGUGACUUCAUGGUGUACCCGUGGCGCUGGGGUGAGAACGCGCACAACGUGACGCUCAGUCCCGGAGCCGCCGGGGGCGCCGCCUCAGCUGCCUUGCCUGCCGCCGCCGCAGAGCACCCAGGGCUUCGGGGCCGGGGCGCGCCGCCGCCCACCGCCUCGGCCGCCGCCGCCUCAGGAGGCGAGGACGAGGAGGAAGCGAGCAGCCCGGACAGCGGCCACCUCAAGGAUGGAAUCCGACGUGGUAGACCCAGAGCAGAUACUGUACGGGAUUUAAUAAAUGAAGGAGAGCAUUCGUCCAGCAGAAUACGUUGUAACAUCUGUAAUAGGGUGUUUCCACGGGAGAAGUCACUCCAGGCUCACAAAAGGACUCAUACAGGUGAGAGACCCUAUCUGUGUGACUAUCCAGACUGUGGAAAAGCCUUUGUUCAAAGUGGACAGCUCAAAACCCAUCAGCGUCUUCACACCGGAGAAAAACCUUUUGUUUGUUCAGAAAAUGGCUGCCUAAGCAGAUUCACCCAUGCAAACCGCCACUGUCCGAAGCACCCUUAUGCCAGGCUGAAGCGAGAGGAGCCCACAGAUGCUCUCAGUAAGCCCCAGGCUGUGGACAACCAGGCUGCCGCCGAGUGGUUGGCAAAGUACUGGGAAACACGAGAGCAGCGUACUCCCACCUUGAAAGGAAAGCUGGUUCAGAAGGCAGACCAGGAGCAGCAGGACCCUCUGGAGUACCUUCAGUCUGAUGAGGAGGACGAUGAGAAGAGCGGUGCCCAGCGGCGUCUGCAGGAGCAGCGGGAGCGCCUGCAUGGAGCCCUCGCUCUCAUCGAGCUCGCAAACUUGACGGGAGCGCCGCUCCGCCAGUAG